AUGUCAUCUUUGGUCAUCUUAUUUCGGUUACUUUUCCUGCAAAUUGUUUUCUUUGACACGGCCGUUAAAGAAGGUAAGUUUAUCAUGUAAUAUUUAAAGACGCUGGCAUUGAAAUCUAUCAGACGUAUUAUGUAUAGAGCGCUUUCACUCACGUGGCCAGCAUCUAUGGAAAUUUAUUGAAACAAAAGAAAGCGUUUGCAUAAGAAAAAAAUUCAACUCCCACAGUAUUUGUCUGCGACACCAACAUGGCCGCCGUUUUAUUGUUUUGGGAUACCAAUAUGGCCGCCGUGACGUCAAGUGAAGACACUUUGUUAUUAGCGCUAAUCGACUCUUUGAGAGACAUUCUGAUGUUCCGUAUAAACCCCUAAAAGCAGUUCUGGCAAGACAAAUUAAAAUCAUUUGUUCUAUCACAUGUGAUAGUUUUUUUUUUCGGUGAGCUCAGUUUUUGCUAGUGAAGAUCAACAGAAAGGGGUCACUGUCAUGUGUCAUUUUGCAACACCUACGGAAAUGGAUCAAUUGAAUGAUUCCAAUUCUUGCACGCGUUUAUCAAACGGCAACUGAAAUGAUUUAUUAACUGAAUGAUUCUCUAAAAGGGCACAAAGCAAUUUAACUAACUGAAUAAAAAACAACACCUACACUCACACAUUCAUAAGUAAGAUGAUUAUGUUGUGAAGUAUUUUGAAAGUUAUUUUUAAGACGGAUCUAUCUUAUCUUUUAAGUUUAGAUUUUGUUUUAUUAAGUCUUGUUUUUGUCCACGUACUGUUUUCCUGUUUUGAUCUUUUGUUUUCACUUGUACUUGAAUUUAUGCUUAGCUCGCGAAUUUGCUUAAAGCCAUAUUAAGAAUGUUAUUCGCUUGGCAUUGUCAGAUGUUAGUUUUUUACAGGUGAUCGUGUUUGUGCUGUUUGAUCUUUGGUACUUGUCAGUUGCGGCUGUACGUAGACUAAUCUUUGCCUAACAAUAGCAAACCUGUUGCAGUGUUAGCGAUAAGAUAUACAAUAGAAACUCUUCCGGUCAGCUAACCCAAACAUGUCCAGCUUUGGCUAUAAAAACCGCUACUAUACUUGAACUAAAAGUAGAGAGAAGAGUAGAAAAGUAGAAAAGAGUUAGAAGAGUAGGAAGAUUAAGAUUGUUAGCAGAAGUCAAAGAAGAAUAAAGGCCAAGGUGUAAAUCAGAUUCCUGGUACCUCAUCGUGUAGCGAGCGAGUUGCUUGAACACACCCCCGACAAUUAAUAUAAGGCCUGUGGUCGCUAAUACUCAAAAUCGAUAUCGAACCUUCCCAGAAUUAGUUUUGAUCAGAUCAAAUCACGCCAAGUUUCACAUUUACUGAAAACAAAUUAUUUGUCUGACGCAAUUUACAGUCAAAACAGGUCAAGCGUUCCCGUCGCUGGCAAACUAAUGAAUUCAUUGUUGAAAAAAUGAUUUCGUUUGUUGAUUCGAUAAUCCAUUCAUAAAAUAAAUAAUCCAACAGUCAAAUUGGACCUCGAUUCAAUAAUUAAAUGUUGAUUUGGUUUAUGGACAAAAUCUACCUGUUCUUGAUUCUUGUCUGUUGAGUUCAAUCGUAUUUGCUUCCCUUUUCCUGCCGUUUACGAUUGCGUUUUUAAUUGCUUUUAAUCAAAAUAACAGCUAGAAGAGACAGACCGCAAACGCAAAGAAACCCACAAAGGCCGGGGGAUCGAAAUCCACCAAUCACCGCACAUACACUGACCUCUCUUUGACUAUCGUGUUUUCUAAGAAGUCAGGUCCGUUGCACUGAUUACUGGAAGCAAAAUAGUGGUAGUUUUUACACUAGAGCCUAAACAAGCUGGCUUGAUUUGUUUUCUUGUACUUCUUCCUCGUUCCUUUGUGCUGGUACGCUGUCUCCGAGAGGCAAAUGUUGCUAUUUUUUGCGGGAGGUUUAGUUGGAGUAGACAAACAUCUCUUUCAAAGGGUUUCUUUUAUUACUUCCAUGACACUACCACUGAAUUAUAUUUUCGUUCUGCUACUCGCCAAUGUCGAUGUUAUUCCAAAACAAAAACAACUAAGUGCUGUCUAAAACACUAAGGAAAAUCUCAUCCAUGUCAUCCAUGGCAAAACUAAGGGCCUGUUUACAUGCAGGUGGGGGACCCCAUGUAGGUGAGGUAACCCCCUUAGGUGUGGUAACCCGCCUGUCCAUAUAAUCUCUCAUUUUACUUGGAUCACGUUUACACGAUAGGUAGGGUAACCCUCCUAGCCGUCGUCGGAUUCGGAAUACAUCAAAUUCGAGCAAAAUUCAUUUUGGCGGUGGCUUUGAAACAUUAUUAAACGUAGCAAUAGAAAGCCACAGUACUGAAGGUUGCAGCAAGAGCAGCACGUGGGUGUAGAAGAGCGUUAAUCGCCAAAACACGAGGUUUGCCAGCAUUUUUCUUGUUUACGUGCUUAGCGACCAUUAAGUAAGCUUGAAAAUGUGCACCCCGGGGUGGUGGGGUUGCAAGAUUACAUGUAAAGGAGGGUUAUUUUUUUACCCCACCUAAGCGGGUUAUCUCACCUACCUGGGGUCCCCCACUUCCAUGUAAACAGGCCCUAAAAUACAGCAGAUCGUGUUUCAUAACUAGAUGACGUGUAUUUUAUAAAUGCGUGCAGCUCGUGCAAGGUGAAAUUAUGCUAAUUUCGAUCACCAUCAUCCUUCUUUUUAAUUAAAAAAACAAAACAUCUCAUACGUCUUUCUGUUUCUUCGAAACUUCAAAAUUAGUUUUCCCUCAGUUUUUACUGUUUACCUUGUUUUGUUUUAGAGAGAAAAACAGAGAAAAAACCUGAUAACUAACUUCAAUAAAUUUUUUUUCAUGCGGUUGCCGGAUUUGCAACGCAUUGCGCGAAUCGCCAUGGCACUUUGCACCUGAGAAGCAAAGUUUGAAGAAGUACAACGCCACUAUAUCAAUAUAUAUAUCAAUCUAAUUUUUCGUUAUGUUAUAUAAAAUUUAUCCCCCUUUAACAUAUGUAAAAAUUGAGGUUAAGAAGUGUUAAGCUUUUGCAAACGAAACGGUGAAAGACGAUUAGGUGAAAUUUAGUGGAAGGAGGAUUAAACUCAAAUUUUGGCAUUAUACGACCAACAAGCUAAGUUUGACCUAUAGACGUACAAACACAAACAUAUGAAACUCUUUAUUGAUAUUGUUGUGAAACGAAUUUAUCUACUUGACAUUGUAGCCUGAAAUUACAGAAAGAAAAUAGGAUUUCCCGUUUGCAAAAAGGAAAAUUUCGCUGGCCUUCAAGCGCACCUGCAGAAGCGCGGAAAGAGCGCUAGUGACAGUCCUACUCCGCAUCACACAUUAAUUGAAGAGCGGAGCGUUCGUUUCACCGCCCAACCUUUAUCCGCCCUGGCCGAAACGGUGAACGUCACCGCUCAUCGUGUAGGAUGCAAUACUUAAUUAUCUUACUCGGGUUAUAACAUCACAGAAACUGUUACAAAGAAUUGCUCUGAUGUUAUAAUGUAUCACUAAUCUCUUUACCCGGUAAUUAGCAUAUUCCGGAAAUUUAACCGAGGUUCCUUUUUGAUGCAAAUUCUAUCUUUUGCUAAAUGUGCACGUGUAUAUGAAACUUGAAAAUAAUGUUAGUGAAUAAUGAGGACGCUCACUUGUAAACACAAAAUCUGAGGCCCUAUUUAAAAGCCUUCCCUGUUUUCAAUGUUCUUGAAACUUGCAUGGAAUAUUUAUGUCAAUUGUUCUCAAGAUUGUCGAAUUUAUAAAAAAAUUAUCCAGCGGUUUUUUGAAAAAUGCGAAAUUUGUAGGCAUGGACCAAAUUACGUCCAAAAACUGUAACAAAAGCAGCUGAAUGCAAGUUAAUAAAAUUCUUCUUACUCGCGAUAGCCCAGAGCAAUUCCCCUCUUUUUUUGUAUGCAGUUUUCAGUGGAAUCAAACCACUAUGGGAUGAAGCCGCGUUUCGAAAGUUUAUCAGUUUCUUAAAAUAUUAGCGAAUUGUGUGGAUAGCAUGCUAUUUCACUGUUUUUAUGAUUGUUGAAACUGCGUGUCAAAAUAUUUUGAAAACGCUCUCAUAGAAUUUGUUUAAACUUUGCCAUAAUGGAGACAAUUAUGGCAGGUACAUGCUCCGUUAAGCGAUUUCCUCAAAAAACGCCUGGUACAGAGAAACACAAAGAUAAAUAAAAAGCGUAAUGGCGUCAUUACGUUGCCAUGGCGACUCCGAUUGCAUUAAAACCCAGAUCAUAAAAAAUUUUCAUCAUUAUAAAAGACAGUUGUGGUAACCUUUUUCCCAUAUCUUUACUCAUGCCGACGUAGUUAAUGCUCAAACUUUGGAGGUAUCCCCCCCAAAAAAUCCAGUCGGGCCACUUUAAGUAAAAUAAAGCUUCACACACAACCGAUUCUUUUUUACAUCAGGUUAACCGAAGGCUAUUUUCCCACGCAAAAUAAUUACGAUUGCUUGACCUGUUUCGCCUUUCUCAAACCUCAAUAAACCGCAAGUAACCGCAAGUCAGCUAAGUCGGUUUUAAGGAUGGUUUUCAAGUCGCUUAAAACUUUUUUGAAUCGUUUCAACUUUCCGACUUUAAUGAGAUGCAAAGUAAAGUUACUUGAGAUUUUACUUGGGCCUUCACACACGAAUUUUUGUUGAAGUAAAACUUAGUAGCUCUUAAGUCUUACUUAACAGCCUAGUGUAAAGACAGCCAGUGUACAUGUAACAGUUUGUUUGGGUUUGAACUUCAGAACUCGUCCGCACUCGACUCUUAGAAAAAAAGACGAAAAAAAGUCUAGUUUUUCACAAACAGUAAUCGAAUCAACAUUCCAUUAUGGAAUCGAGGCUAAAUAUGAAUAUUGGAUUGUUCAUUUUAUGAAUGGAUUAUUGAAUCAACAAAGGAAAUCAUUUUUCCGUUAAUGAAUUUAUUAGUUCAUAAGCGACGGGAACGCUUCACCUGGUUUGACUGUAACCGAAUCAUCCUUCUCACGUCUCUAGUGUGAAAACGGCCAAUAAUAAUGUCAAUGACUACCGGGAAAUUUUUAAUCAAAAUUUUAGUUAUUAUAAUCUUUUGAUAAUACUGGGGAAAUAUUGUAUAGUUCCAAAAUUUCGUUCAUGGCUAAAUAGCUGUAUAUAUUCCAUCAGGGUGUCAGGCAUGCGCAGGGACACGUCAAGGUAAAGCAAACAAAAAAAAAAAAAGGUCGGGGAAGGUCAGGGAAUUUCCUACAAAGUCAGUGAAAAUCUUUCAAUUGAUAUUUUCAAAUCUUAUUCUGAAACGAAGUCAAAGACUUCCAAUGCGGUUUUUGUGGUUGGGUCGCAUUAUCAAAUGCCUUCGAGUUAAAUUUUUGCUCUUGGAAGGACGUCUUUCAGCGAUUUACCUCUUAUGUAGGAUUUGAUCGGAGGUCUUUUAAAAAUUGUUUUCAGCAGAGGCUAAUUUUUUAUUAGACUCCAGUUUGCCAUCAAUGUCUUUUUAAGAUCUUGUACCGCUGGGUGAUAUGUUGUAACGAAAGGCAAUAGCCUCUCUUUACUUUUUGCUUUUGUUUUAGUGCCGAGUGUCUUUGAUCAAAGUUAACCUCUGACAACGACCUUUCUAUAUUUUGUUCAGGAUACCCGCGUGCUUCGAGACGUUUUUUAAAGUUUGUACGGCACUCAUCAAAUGUCUUUUGAAGAGUUUGUUCUAAGCAAUCUUGAAAACAGUAUUGUGUCAAUGAAAGUUAAGAGGGAGUCUCCCUAAAACCGGUCCACUGCGUUUCGGGUCGGAAAAUCAAUUUCCUUUAAACUUUGCCCAUGAAUAUAUCUUAGUCCAAAAGUCAUUGAAACCGCAUUAGUUUUUGAAAAUAUUUCAAAAUAAAAUUUUUCGGGAGGAAAAUCACUUCAUCACUCGGCGGCCAAAUUUUUGCAGUGACAAAGAGUAAAAAUAGCGCAUAUUGCCGAGUUCACCACUUCAAAGUUUUGCACUUUCAACGAUUUUUUUCACUUCCUGGGAUUAAAUUGGUCCUUAAAUGAUGUAAAGGACACAAUUUUGGUCCUUCAAAAACAACUCGUGUCUACUAAAUAUUUUUUGAUUUACACCCACUUUGCCGUACGCAGGAAAUGACUCAAAAAUGCAUAUUUUCAUCGAAGCACUGUGCAAAAUCCCCACAUCUUCUAAACAAAAUGUCUUUUCAGACCAACAAAGGGAAUGUCCAAAAACAUAGGAACAUAAAAAUAUGUUGUGAUUUUAACGAUUUAUCAGCACAGCCGAUCGACGAAAUAUGCCUAUUUUCUGUUAUGACUGUUUACAAUACACGAUGGAAGGUCUUAAUGCAAAGCCCGAAUAACACAAUAAUUCAUCAAAUGUAUCAAGUAUUUUAAACUUUUUGUGACUUUUGACACAACAGAACAUCAUGUAGGAAAGGAAAGCCUUUAAGCCGAACGCAUUAAUACUACAGGUGUACCUGUUUACAGCGCUUGAUCCGAUCGAGUCGUCUUCGCUGUGUACACAAAACUGAUAUCACAUGAUGGCGCCUGUCACGCAUUCCUAUAUUUGGAAUCGUUACGCCGUGAAAACACUUUUUGCUAGUCUGACUAAAAUUGAAAGGCAGGAAAUUAUCUUAUCAAUAGAGUAUUCUAUUAUAUUUAUUGCUGUUUUCGUUGACAAGCUACAAUAUCAAGAAUCAUGCAUGCAUAAGUGCCCAGUUCAUUAACAACAGCAACUUUUUAGUUUUCCACGAAUAGGCUCCUGUCCAUUCAGGUUAGCAUUUAUAAAACAAUUGGUUGUCGCUAUGAGCUUUCUCUUUGUUUUGUUUUAUGCUUGUCGUUUAAGUUUGCAUUUUUUAUUAUUUUUAAUAUAUUUCAUAUUUCUGGUAGCCCAUGGUAUUAAACCGACGAGUACCUGUUUUCAGGUCUUAUCAAGCUCCCCGACUCAGGGUGGGCCUGGGGAUAGGGGUGGAGUGUGCUUGCUGGCAGGAGGUCCGCUAGACUGUUCACAGUCCUCUAUUUUUCCGUAAAUCGUCGGUAUCAAGCACAUUCUCUAACAGGUGGCCAUCUUGGUUUUAAAAUGUACCGGGUUUAGCCUGGGGAUGACUAUGAAAUCUACUCUUGGGGCAGCGGACCCAAGAAGGCCCGCACAUCUGGACGAUUUUACGGAAAGAUAAGGGACAGUGAACAGUCUAGUGGCCCGAAAGCAAACAUCCCCCUUGCUAUUAUCCUAGAACAAAUACUGUAUCUUUGAAAUUAGGUUACCCUGCAUUUAAAACUGGCGUGCUGGUUUACCUCGUUUAGCGCUUUCGAUUUUGACUCCAGGGCUAAAAGCGCAUCUCUGACUCGUUAAUUUACUCAAAGUUGUAUCCCAGAAAAAAAAAAAUUAAUAAAAAUCGUGUAAUGCUAACCGGUGACGGCAAACGAGAAAUGCAAAAAAAAUCAAUAGGGCUUAAGAGCGAAAAAAAAAGUUUGCACGUGCAGCACAUUUUUUUGUACAUUUCUUUGUCAUUGUUUUGCACGACUUCAAAGUACGUGAAACGUCCUAGUUGCACGUUUUAUGGAGAAAAAAUCGUAUCUGUUCCUACGUUCCAUUUUUGUUUCACUGCCGCUCAUUUUAACCUUGCUGGCCGCUAACAUUUGUCAUUUUCUUAUCACAGCUUGGAAUUUUUUUAUGUUUUUUUCUUCCGCAAUGAACCUCGUCUCCUUUCUUUUUUUUCUUUUUGUUUUGUUUUGUCAGUUUCGCUCUAGCUUUUUCUCUGUUAUCGGUGUCAGUGUAAUGGUAGUAGGGGGAAACAGUCGAACGCACGAUCACGUGAUUACGAAAUUUUCUCGCAUUUUACAGGUUACCAUUUUUUUUUUUCGCACGCGCGAGAGCUUCGCUAAUACUCAUUCUCUAUUACGGAAAGUGGUUAAUUAUUAAUAGUGCCAUAUUUUCAAAUUCUUGUCCCGUUUUUGCCGAAAUGCACAUAUUAAGCUAGGGAUUUUCCUGAAAGGCUGUCAAUUCACAGUGAGCCCGCGGAAGAAAAAUGAGUAAUAAUAGGCAGGGUACAAACUCACCGAGGUAGAGUCGUUGUCCUUCUUCUCGCGUCUUUUCCAACAAUCUUUUGACACAAGAGCACUCUACAACCAUUUUAGUUAUCUUUUGAAGAAGAUCAGAUUUCGAGGUUCUUGUGCCAAAUGAAAUCCCAAGCAAGUUGCUUUUGAAAGAAAAAGAGUGAUUUCUGUGAGCCAUCUCGCACAUACAUCAGAGGACUUUUGGCAGCAAUUGUUUCCACCAUAGCUUCGCUGCCAUUUCUUUCUCCAGGUUCCUCAUCGUCCGCUUAGUAUGUAUAGUCUUUUAUUUUUUUUUUUUCAAAUGAUUUUGUUAGAAAAAUAUUGCGAAAAAAAUCGUCAAUUUUUUACUUUUGAGCCACUCGGCUUUGGUAAACAUUCGUGUGCGAUCUGCGUUGCCAGCUUUCUGCCCCUCAAGAGGCACCUCUUCAGUCAAAAAUGGUAUACAAAAGGUGGGUUGGACGAUUAGGGCGGAGUCUCCCAGUAUAACACUUUGUUGCAUACCCCACCCCCUCCGAUAGGGUGGAAAGCUAAGUUCGCUAAUUAGACAUAUUGGUGUUGUUGUUGUUGUUGUUGUUGUUUUGUUUUGUUUUUGCAAUUCUGGUUGCCGUUGCAGGUUAGCAUCACACGAUUUUCUUUUUCGCUGGAGUACAGCUUCAAGUAUAUCAACGAGAGCUGCGCUUUUAGCCCUGUCUAAAUCUAUAUAUUAGUGAGUUUGAAAGAAAUCGAAAGCGCUAAACGAGGUAAACCACCAUGCCACUUCACAGUCCUUAAAUUCUUUACUAAGUCCUUAGAUUUUCCGUAAAUUCGCCGGGAUCAAGCACAUUCUCUAACAGGUGGCUAUCUUGGUUUCAAAUGUACCGGGUUUAGCCUGGGGAUGAUAAUGAUGCAGAUACAGUAUUUGUUCUAGAAUAAUAGCAAGGGAGGUAUUUGCUUGCGGACCACCAGACUAUUGUUAAUCCCGGGGGGUACUUCCUUAUAAGAGGCUACUAGGGAUGUGCCGCUGGAUGGGUUCGCAUUUUCACGACUGGAUUGACUAUAAUAGGGUCGCAUUUUCAAUAGAGUUACUAGAAUGGGGUCGCACAUUUUCGGAUUUUUUGAGGUAAGACAGUUCUUCAUAUUUACGGUUAGCAAACAUACCAGAACUGUAGAUGAAAAGUGAAGUGUUCUGUAUUCUAAAAAAUGGGUCAAUUCAUAAAAAUAGAGAGUGCCUAAAUUGGGAUCGCGAAAAAUUACAUAUUUGCCCAAAAGUGGCUAAGAUGGGGUCUAUAAUUGAUUGGCCACAGAAAAGACUAUAAUGUGGUAGGGGCUCUGAGAGGGCAGCGACACAUACAUACAUACAUACAUACAUACCCAGCAAACUCCCCCCCUCCCCGGGUUGUUAACGCACUAUAGGUUCUUAUGCAUGCAUGAUUCUUGAUUUUGUAGCUUGUCAACGAAAACAGCAAUAAAUAUAAUAGAAUACUCUAUUGAUAAGAUAAUUUCCUUCCUUUCAAUUUUAGUCAGACUAGCAAAAAGUGUUUUCGCGGCGUAACGAUUCCAGAUAUUGGAAUGCGUGACAGGAGCCAUUAUGUGAUAUCAGUUUUGUGUACACAGCGAAGACGACUCGAUCGGAUCAAGCGCUGUAGACAGGUACACCUGUAGUAUUAAUGCGUUCGGCUUAAAGGCUUUCCUUUCCUACAUGAUGUUCUAUUGUGUCAAAAGUCACAAAAAGUUUAAAAUACUUGAUACAUUUGAUGAAUUAUUGUGUUAUUCGGGCUUUGCAUUAAGACCUUCCAUCGUGUAUUGUAAACAGUCAUAACGGAAAAUAGGCAUAUUUCGUCGAUCGGCUGUGCUGAUAAAUCGUUAAAAUCACAACAUAUUUUUAUGUUCCUAUGUUUUUGGACAUUCCCUUUGUUGGUCUGAAAAGACAUUUUGUUCAGAAGAUGUGGGGAUUUUGCACAAUGCUACGAUGAAAAUAUGCAUUUUUGAGUCAUUUCCUGCGUACGGCAAAGUGAGUGUAAAUCAAAAAAUAUUUAGUAGACACGAGUUGUUUUUGAAGGACCAAAAUUGUGUCCUUUACAUCAUUUAAGGACCAAUUUAAUCCUAGGAAGUGAAAAAAGUCGUUGAAAGUGCAAAACUUUGAAGUGGUUAACUCGGCAAUAUGCGCUAUUUUUACUCUUUGUCACUGCAAAAAUUGGGCCGCCGAGUGCUGAAGUGAUUUUCCUCCCGAAAAAUUUUAUUUUGAAAUAUUUUCAAAAACUAAUGCGGUUUCAAUUACUUUUGGACUAAGAUAUAUUCAUGGGCAAAGUUUAAAGGAAAUUGAUUUUCCGACCCGAAACGCAGUGGACCGGUUUUAGGGAGACUCACUCUUAAAAGUUAAUCCGUGAGCCCCAGAAUUAAACGUUGCAAAUUUUGUAACGCAGGAUUAUUGUCAAAUCCUGCACGCAUAUUUUCUAGGUAUUUUUGCUGUUCACACCCUCACAGGCGUGAUUUUGUCUUAAUCAUUAGGUAUAAAGUUAGUUCCCUAGCUCUAUCUUGUUAUACCGGUCCCUGGUGAAGUCUGUGUGAUCAGACGAAACCGGUCGGAGAAAUAAAUCAAGUUAACUAGAUCCUCACGUUGCUUUGUGCUGAUCACUAGUGUUCACUGUUUAGAAAUAAUAACAAUAAAAAAAAGCUUGUAUGAGCUGCGUACUAACUGGGAUAAUUUAUAAUGAUCCAUUACCAUUUAAGAUUAUAUAGUCAGGAUAUAUAACAAUUAUAUACCUCAGUGUCGGUGGCUAGUGGUGGGGAAAUUGGGGCAAAAAACUCAGUAGGGUAGAGAGUGGAGUCCCAGACAUAUACGUUGCCUUUCGUUUUGACACAAAAUUAACCAUUUAGGGACAACCAGCGGAGUUGCUCGAGUAAAAAUUUAGAUUGAAGUUUCCUGUGUGCGGCUUAGGAGAAAAUUUUCGGAAAUGAAUUUCUUAAGCUUUUCCUUAUGCUUGGUCAAGCUUUGGUCAGACUCCAGGAACAAUUAGCAACCUAGUCUCCCCUCCCCCUGCUCUGUCAAAAUUUUAACAGGUGAAUUCAUGAGUUAAACUUGUGCAACAUCUUAUAUACAGACUUAGCCAGGGCUUAAAGCGAAACUCUCGUUUAUAUUUAUUGCUUACUCGAAUAAAAUAUAAAAGGCUUAGCGGCGACGGCAACGAAGACGGCCAAAAAAAAAAAAUCAGUAGGUCUAAUUACCCCCCCCCCCCCAUAAAAAAAACUUUGCACGUCAGCACACUUUUCUUGUGCAUUUCUUUUCGCUGUUGUUUUUUUGCACGACUUCAACUUGAAACUUCCAGAAACUUCCUAGUUACACAUUUUAUGGAGGAAAUGUCGUAUGUGCUCCUGUUCACUUUUUUUUUUCACUACCGCUCAUUUUCUCCUUGGUGGACGCUAGAAUUUCUCAUUUUCUCAUCCGCUGCUAUAAAAUUCCCAUGUUUUUCUUCCAUCGUAAUUAGAUCCUUUGUUUUUUAUCACUCGCUCUAGCUCUUUCUCAGUUAUCCAGGUCAAUGUAGACAUUAAAAUUUAGUCGAAAGAGAAUCAGCUUUGUUGUUGUUUUUUAUCAGUUCUCUCUAAAAGUCCGGGCAGCUAUGCGAUUUACCGCCGAAACGCGCUGGUGCUUGAAAUGCAAAAUUUCACCCUGGAUUGGCAUAUGACCAUAAACUGUGAACUGGACGCAGCCAAAGAGUUUCGUGAAUGGCAACCAUCCUUUAUAAAACAUUAAAUUUCAUAGGAUAUUAACUUCUCAAAGGGGUGUGGUGGGGGGAGUUAGUGAUGCACACACAUGGGUAAGAAUUAUUUUCCAAGACUAUUACUGUGAUCGAAUUAAUUGAUUUGUAGUUUUUGUUUUAAAAUCAGGUAAGUAUAAAUUUCUGGAUUUUUUAUAGGUUGAGGUUUAUUCGUCUUAGUUUUUGGUUUUAAGUAAUGAAAAGUAUAUAUAGACGCUUCGCCUUUAGCCUUGGCUAAAUCUAUGUAUUGCCCCCUCGAGAUCUCACUUUAUAAGUCGAGAUCUCGAGUUAUAAGGUGAGAUCUCGAGUUAAAAGUCAAGAUUUCUUAUUAUAGUUCGAGUUCUCGCAUCAUAAGUCGAGAUCUCACAUUAUAACUCGAGAUCUCGAGUUAUAAGUCGAGAUAGGAAAUUCUCGACUUAUCUGCGAGACGCUCAUGGGCCACCGUAAUUUCUAAUUUACACGUGUCAAAUACCGAAAUGUUAAAAUAUAAUUUAUUUGAUUAUAUAUGAUCGUUCUUGAAUUGGAGUGGCUACAGCAAUUGAGUCGGUGGAUCGUAUCUAAUUAUAAUAUUGGCUAUUAGCAUUUGUGUCCCCGCUUUUAAGAAAGUGGUGUGUCCACACCUUUUUUACUCAGAUUGUGAGUAAAGCAUUCAAUGGCAGUAAAUUAUUCUACUUCCCCUUUCUUCGUCACUAUAUCAAAUCGUCUUCAGAUGAAUCCUCUACGUCCUCCGCGGGCUUUUUAUCCGGACCGUGAUUGUCUGGGAGGAAACGAAGCUUCUCAUCUAAGUUUUCGUUUUUUUUUUUUUCUUCUUUUUUUUUUUGCAAGUAAAACACACACAGAAAAGAAAAAAAAUUACACAGAAUAAAUAAAGUAAUAAAAAGAAAAAAAAAACGAAUAGCGAAUUUACACACUUACAUGGCAAAACUUACAAAUAUUAAACUAGAUUACAGCAGUGCUAAUUCCAUAUAUUACUGUACUUAGUACUUAGUAUGAUCUAUAGUUAAUUUUUACUUUUGGGGGGCUUUCUUUGUGGUGAAAGUAAUAUAAAUAUUCAUGGUAGGUGCAGAUAUUACUACUUUAUGUUUUUGGAGUUAGGAGACAAGACCCAGCAAGGAAAAGAAAGGUUUCCAUUUUUUUGUAUUCCUGGGUGUCUUAUUUUCUAAUUGGUAUAUAUGUCUUAGAUAAAACAAGAAAUUGUUGUGAAUUGGGAAACAUUCUUUUGAUCUGCAUAUCCAGAUAAAGUUCUUAGCUAUAAGACAACAGAAGUUUAUAGCGGUAGUCAUAUAUGUCUAUGUAACUGCGUGGUUGGAGGAUCUGGCACGACUGAAGCCAUAUCGAGAAAUUAUCCCAAAAUUUUUUGUUUUUUGGCAUUUCCAAAAUAUAUGCAUUAAAUGCUCUUUCUCGACAUGGUAAAAAGUACAUUUUCCGUCCUCUUUAACUCCUAUUUUUUGGAGAUAGCUGUUAGUUGGUAAACGUCUAUGUAAAAAUCCGAAAUUAAAAUCAAUAAGUUUUGAGCUCGUUGUACAAGUGUUUGCUGCUUGUAAAACGUUUCUCCAGUCAAUAUUUUUAUCGGUUGAAGAGUGGAUGUCUUUAUGCCAUUUGUCUAUACAAGAUAUGUGUUUUUCACUUUUAUUUGCUAUUAGUUGCUUGUAAGCAAUUCUGGAUGAUUUUUGGCUUUUGAGAAAUGUUUUACAAGGACUUUCAUACUGCUGAUGUGUUCUCGACAUUUGUCGUUGCAAAGAUUUCACGGCUGAGACGAUUUAAAAAAACAUAAAGGGUUUUACUCGAAUGUUAUAUCUAUUCGGAAAAUGGUCGAGGGAAAAAAAGUUGACAGAAUUCUCUCGUCCAUUAGAUGUUUAACUUUUGUUAUACCCUUGGUAAGCCAGUUAUUGCAGAAAACUGGUGCGUCAUUUAUUCUUCUCAAACUCAUUAAUAAUUCAUUAAGAAAAUACAAAGGAAAUUAAUGUUUAAUGAGAGUUUGGAAAUCGGAUGAAACACUGCUUAGUAUUUGCAUCCUUAAUUUCUCCUUCAAAAAUGAUUUUGUUUGAGAAGAAAUAUCAAACAUUCGACACAGUGUUUCAUCACCAGAUGAAACACCUCGAAGUUGGUCAAAAAUACUCCGCUGCGCGUCGUAUUUUCAACUCUCUUCUCGGUGUUUCAUCUGGUGAUGAAACACUGCAUCUCAUGUUUGAUAUAUUACUUAUUAAUGAAUUUUGUAACAGAGGUAGAGAUGGAAAAUGAUCUUUUGAUACUAUUUUCCUCUCGAAGAAAGUGUCAGACCAAAUUUCUACAAUUUCUUUGAUAAAAGGGUCUUCUAUCUUUAGCUUAUCAAUAUCCUUCCUGUUAAGAUUUCCUAAUUCGAAAAAAAGACUUCCUCCGUAUUUUCCCAGCGCCAGAUUAAAGAAGUUUUCCCAUUUGUCACGGUUUCCUGAAACCAGAUAUUUUUUAAUCCAAGUAGCCUCGAGUGAUUUGUUAAAAGAGGCAAUAUCAAUCAUUUUUAGUCCUCCUUCUGGGUAGUCAUUCAUCAUGAUCGAGCGUUCAAUUUUAUCCUUUUUGCCGUUCCAUAAGAAAUUGAAAAAAAAAACUUGUUGAUCUCUUUUAUUGCUUGGUGAUUCGUUUGCAAAGGUGCUACAAGGCUUUUUAGUACUGUUAUUCUCCUUAUUAAGCUAAGUCUUCUAAAUUUCCAGCAUCCCAAGAUAAUAUGGAUUUGUGCCAAUUUCUCGUUGUAAUUGAGAGAGAGUGUUAACUGGUUAUCCGUAGAGAGCCACACGCCUAGUGCUUUGACCUUUCCCUGUGGCCAUUUAAUUUUUUUUUCCGGACAGAUUUAGGUUGCAGUUUCUUUUAGAACCUAUCCACAAGGCCCUGUUUUAUCAUUGUUCAACCUUAGGCCAGAUUUGUUCCCAAAUGCUUCUAUCAGUAACAGUGACGCUCUUACUGAUUCUUCAGUUCCAUCUCAAAUAAGUGUCGUGUCAUCCGCAUAUUGACUUACUUUAACUUCAGCAUUAUAGAUUUUGAUGCCCUUUAUUUCUUUCUUAUUGCGAAUAGCUUCAGCGAGUAUUUCUACGGACAGUAUGAAGAGAUGAGGUGAUAGGGGGAAGCCUUGUCUAACACCUCGACUUAGCUCAAAGAAAUGGCUCGCCCAUCCAUUGUUUAGUAUACAAAGUGCCGUAACGUUUGGUUUAUGAAUGACCACUCUAACGUGUCAAAAGCUUUUUCAAAAUCGAGGAAAAGAAGUAGACCGGGUAAUCCUUUGUUUUCUGCAUACUUGAUAGCGCUAUCUAACGUGCGUAUAUUGUCACUGAUACAUCUGUUUUUAAUGAAGCCUGACGGAUCUUCUGAUAUAAGUUCCGGUAAAACUAUUUUGAUUCGAUUUGCAAUAGCCUUUGAUGCAAUCUUAUAAUCGAAGUUUAAUAGUGUCAAUGGGCGCCAAUUUUUAAUCAGGUUGGGAUCUGCGUCCUUCUUUGGUGUGAGCUUGACAAUUCCUCGCUUUUGUGAUACAGAGAGUUUUCCUGUUUGGUAAGAGAAGUUUAGGGCGUCCGUUAGUGUUUCGCCUAUGUCUUUCCAAAAAACUUUAAUAUAUAGAUUUAGCCAGGGCUAAAAGCGAAGCUCCUAUAUAUUAACUCGAAUUUAUAAUUUAAAUCAAACAAUAAACUUAUUUUCCACAAUUCACUUAACUUUAGAGCACAUUCAUGUGACUUUUGAGGGAAAGGUUAAGUGAUUUUAGAGAAAAGUAAUUUGCAAACAGUCCAAGCUAAGAGUGAACUUAAUCUUACAUCGAGUUGAUAGCCUUAUAUGUACACCCAAAAAAUAGCAAUCAUCUUCGAUCACAUUUAAGAGCGCGGGCUCUUGAUCACAGUAGAUUAGGCCCGGAAAACAAAUUCUUGGAAAACAAAUCAGGCCGAAUUCGUUCGACACGUUUACUUUACAAAAUCUUGCCAACAAGUCUGGGGACGUGUAACCCAACCUUUUAUACAUCACAUCUGAGGUGAAACAGUACCAUGAGGCGCUGUUUUUAUCAUACAGACCUCGAACAGAAUGCAGUAUUUCACAAGUUUGCAAUACAAAUUGCCCUCACUCAAUAUUCAGGACGAUCGAAGCACGUGUGGGCUUUUAGCGAAACCGUUAAAAAAAUUUCCAAAUCACCUAUACGGCUAGCCGGUUCUCACUUUUGACAAGUGCCAAAGUCGACUGUUUAAGAGUUAUUCGCUUCAAGAUAAUAAAGAACUUAUUACGUUUGUUUUUUAUUUAAUGGUUUUAUAACAAUGUGUAAUCGUCAAAAGCGUUUGAUACGCGCGGCAUUUUGACUACUCCAGCAUGCAAGCGAUGUUCAUGAGCGACGGAAAACAAACGGCACAGCGAUAAAAAUUGCAAAAGAGACUACUAACGAUCAAUAAAAGGAAAAUAAUUCGGUGAAACAUAUACAGAGACGACAAUUUUCAUUCAUGAUGACAAGUAUUAAAGUGUCUCUGAAAAUCCUUGUUUAUGUUUUUCAUUUUGUAAGCCGGCUUCCCGGUGUUUGCUUUUUCAAAGAUGAACUCGAGGCAGCCACUAAAUAUUCUUUGGAACGUUUUCUUUCUAUUUGCGGUGAUAAAAUGUCUAAAGGCUUUUUAAAGUUAUAUAAGCUUAUUAUCAAACCUGAUACUCGGUCAGAUCAUUGUCUCAAAUCUUACAAUUAAAAACGUGCAUAAACUAAAUAGCACAGGACGAAAUAACGCUCGACUUCAUUAAAUUAGAUUUAAAAAACAAACGUCAACAAAUACAAUAAUUUGUCAGGCUUACCAUUCGAGAUGCACUGAAAACUAUCAAGUAAGGCCAGAAUCGCUUCAGACUUUUCAACCCUCUUACGCAUCAAGCAAGGUGAAACGAAAACGAUGCCAUCCGAAAUCGGAUUUCCGACUUUGACAAGCGACGUAUUUUUCAACCAAAACCCCAGUAAACAAACUAGCCAUGAAUAACAGAAGACUCUUGAUAGCAGCUGAAUUUCAUUUUGUACAUUCAGUAGAAAAAGACAGUUAAAAGCAUCACAAGUUGACACAAAACUCUGUCAGCUUCAGCAAAGUAAACAAGUUUCAAGAUGCUGCAUAAAUUUUCCGCAUGAACUCACCUGUCAAAUUUUGACCAAUCAGAGCAUAACAAUUGGACGUAGAGCGUGACCAACGCGUGACCUUGGUGAGAAAAGUCAAAAGCAACUGGCAUGUCUUCCCUGCCUGUAAAAACUGGCUGAAUUUUAGCUUCCGAGGUCAGUUUGAAAUCAACAUUUAAUUGUGCGGCACAUACAAAACACAACGUAUUUCAUAUGAAUUAAAAAAAAAUAAACUUGAGCCUGCGAUCAUUUGAAAACUAGUAACUUGUCAGCGGAUAACUUCACAAAGAUAUUCGACCUCGAUGGGUGGGCACCUGAGCCCACGAUACGGUCAGGUGAUACUGGUCAGCGGAUACUCUGUUUUGACAGCUGUCAAUUGAUCACAGCACUGAUGUGCAAUAUAUGUGUGCAAUAUCAGUCUUCCUGUGCUCCCAAACUGGGUAGAAAGUGUGAGGAUUAAACACUGGUUCCCCUGUGGUGCGGACGGACGGGCGGGCGGGCGGUAUACGGUCACGUGAUUACCAAAUUUUCUGGGAUGGGUAGAUUUACUUACCCAUGGUGCUCCGCAGGCGCGCUUCGCGCGCCAGAGCUCCGCUAUAAAAUUCACACGGCGGGCCAUCAGUACCAGGUGUUUUUUCCGUGGCCAUACCGUUUAAUGCUUCCAAACACUCUUUAGAACUUAAAAGACCCUCACAAUGGUGUUUUCUUUCUUCACUCAAUACUUCUCGUGCAGGUGGAAAGAAAACUUCCGGGUAAUCGUUAAGUUGUACUUUUAAACUGUAGAUAUUUUUGGUAAAAGGUCUCGCACUCGCGUAAGAUUUCCGUGUCGGAUUGGAUUAAGUCUUUGUCAUUAACUUUCAACUGGGUAAUUGUUCCUUGUUUGCAGUGUCUCUUCUCUAAGUUUAGAAAGUAUUUAGAGUUUUUUUUCGCCCUCAUUGUACCAUCGCGAUUUAGAUCUUAAAAUAGCCCCAUUUGUCGGUCUUCGAUUAUGGUUUCAAGUUCCCGUCUUCUUUUUUCUAACUUUGACCAUACAUUUUGGCAGUCAGUGCAUCAAUGUUGGAGGUCCUGCUCCUCCAGGAUUUUGAUUGUCUUUUCUAUAUCAUCUUGUUUUUGAAACAUUUUUCUCUUAUUUAUUCUGCCAAACUUAAUUGAUGUCUAUCUAAUUUUCAUUUUUAUCAUUUCCCACAGUAAGUUUGGAGUGACAGUAUUAUCCAGUGCAUAUUCAUCUUUAGUUUCAGUUAUAAUGGAUUGUAUUAUCUUUGUAUAUUCUUCGUCCUUUAGGAAUGAGGUAUUUAGUUUCCAGAAGCCCCGAAAUUUGCAACGUGACCAGUGAAUGAUCUGUCUUAUAACCAGGGGCUAUAUCUGUAUUGAUUGAGUUGCAAGAUGUGCAUUGACUUACGAGAAAAAAGUCAAGUCUGCAUAGUAUUUCGGGGUUCUUUUGUCUCCAUGUAAAUCGUCGUUGUUCAGGGCUUUGUAUUCUCCAGACAUCAAUUAGGUCUAAGUCUUCGCAAUAGCUAUUUAUGACUUCUAACGAAUUUUUGUAGGUUUUUGCAAGGCCGCCUUUUUUAUCUUUCUCAACAUCCAAAACUAAAUUAUAGUCCCCGCCAAUUAUGACCUUAUCGCACUUAAAAUCUGGUAACCGCUCAAAGACCGAGGUAAUAUACAAAACAAUAUACAGGUAUUAUACAAAACAAGUUUGUUUUUACUGCUUUUAUUUAAUAGAUUAUUAACACAGGCUAUAAUAUUGUUCAAAGAUUAAGAUAGAUCAAAAAUAUAUAUAUACUACACGUUUUAUAGUAGCAGCAUAGCAGUAUAGUAAGGAAAACGCCGGAAAAGCACAAUAAGGAAGCAAAAGACUGGAGCAAGAAAACAGAAAAACUAUCAAAGACUGAGUUUAUGCUUCAAAAACCUUGAAGGACGGUUUCUGGAAGAAACAGCAGAUGGAUGUUUGCAUAGUUUAUGCGCCACUGACAAAGACAUGACUCUCUAUGGGUAUUUCCGACGAAAUCGAAGUCGCGGCGAUUGCUGUUGAUGAAACGACGAUGGUAUUGAAAUUAAAGCGACGAUAGUCAUGUCAUUCUGAAUCUGAGCAAGUUUGACAACUUUAGUCAUGCGAUGAUAGCAAAGGAAUCUGCCAAAAAGUGUACUAACCGUUCAUAAUUUCUGUUUUGCGUAUUAAUUAAUCCGUGAUACUUUUUGUAUUUUCUCGUUUCCUUUAUCGUCGAGUUUGCAAGUAGUUCUACGAGAGAAAACGAUUCUUGUUAUACGACGAUUUUCGCUCAAAACCACUGAUUUAAGAAAAAACUAACCGUGAACAGGCUUUCUGUUUGGGGAAAGGGCAAAAAACAUGACGAGGAGAAGGUUCUCUUCCCUCUCCUCGCGAUUUUUUCACCCUUUCAGAAAGCCUGUUCACAGGCUAAGAAAAAAACGCGCCAGUAGAACGACUUAACAUUUUCGAAUUGUGUGACAAAUAUACUGAUAGAUCUAACAAUAAAUAUUUCGUUUUUAUUUUCAAAGCAAAUGGAUUAGCUUUUGUUUCUGGGCCAGAAAAAAUAACGGUUAAUGCAACGACUGGAUCAAACCAAACAUUCACCUGGAAGUUAAACAUCAGUCAAGAACAUAAACAGCGGGAAUUAAAGGCACAGUUUGGACCUUGGAAUAGAAGCUACAAACUCGUGAAUCCAAUCAUAACGUUUAACCAAAAACUAUCUGGAAAUACGACCGUUACAAAGUCUGCAGGGAAUCAUAAGUCCCGGCGUUUGUACUGGGUUGGAGAUUUGAAGCGAGACUACUAUAUCGCCUUUCAACUUGUCAAUAUUCAACGCGACGAUGCUGGUGAUUAUGGUGUGAAGUUACGUGUUGACAACUAUUUUCGUCGCCCCUUGACUUUACAAAGUUGGUUUACGCUCAAGGUUGAG